CAUGGGCUUGAACGUUGUCAUUGUUGAUCCAGAUUUUCAGGAGACCAAGAAAACGGAGCAAUUUGCAGGUGACGCAAUGAAGACCAAGAUCAAGGAGGAGCCGAUUCAGCCGCAAGAGCCUUCCUCGGAAGCGACCGAGACUUUAGCGAGACGACCUCAGGAGACCGUGUCUUCUUCACGAGAAGUGUUGAGCCUUGGCUGUCUUUCCUUCUCUUCUGCCAACAAUCAAAAGGUUUUUGUGAAGGCAGAAGGUCAGCCGGGAUACCCUGCCCGUGGACGGUCCCUGGGAAGAGCGGAGCAGAACGGGGGGUCCCGGGGGAGCCGCUUGAUGGGGGAAAGAGAAGAGGUCUGGUUCGGUUUCGGGAAGACCUUCCGGUGGAAAUCCUACCUCAUCCCGCGCGAAAGGCCCGCCCCGGUGGCGAAACUCUACCAGUGUUCGGUCUGCCGGAAAAGCUACAGCACGCGGUCCAUCCUGGCGACGCACGGGCGGAUCCACACGGGCGAGAAGCCCUUCCGGUGCUCCUACUGCGGGAGGACCUUCACCCAGCGGGUCCAUGCCGAGAACCACGAGAGGGUCCACACGGGCGAGAGGCCGUACGGGUGCGCCAAGUGCGGGCGGACCUUCGGCCACCGCUCCAGCCUGGCAGCCCACGAGAGGAGCCACGCGACAGACGGGCCGCUGCCUUGCUGCGUGUGCGGGAAGACCUUCGACGAGCGAGCGAGCCUCACGAAGCACCACAGGAUCCACGGUCCCCGGAACGACUGCCUCUGUCCCAAGCUCAGCAGGUGACCCUUGCGGAAGGUCGCUGUGAAUCAACCGUCGGCUUGCGGCACGGAAACUGAGAAUGUCGUGGGCGCUCUUGCAAAAUGGCUGCCACGCGUUUCGCCCAUUCGCCAAACGGCAGAAGCGGGAUCUGAGCUUCUAAGGCCACUCUUUUUGCA